AUGUCGCCAAAUGAUGAACCACAACCACCAAAUGAGGAUGAGUUGCUCAACAAUAUUUUGCCCUCCUAUCACAUGUUUCAAUCUACAGUAUCGAAGAAUUUAACCCCAACAAAUGAAAACUACUCUAUCGACCCACCAACAUACGAGAUGACCCCAAUUACUUCAGAAACACCUUCGUUGUUAACUUUCAGUAGAAUGCAAAGUCCAGUUGAUGAACGACUAGAAACUGAUAAUUACUUUGCUCAGAGCGAUAAUGACUCCGUCACGUAUAACCAAGAAAGUGAAGAUAUGUGGAAGAACAGCAUCUUAGCCAAUGCCGAUAAAUUACCGAAUUUAACCCAUAGGAAAAACUCAAUGAGCGAAUGUUUGAAAAUUGAUAUUCAAGUAACAGAAAAAGUUUGUCAGAGUGGAAUAAAGCCUAUAUUUAUGGAUCCGUCGAAUCGAGAGUUUAAACAGGGUGAUUAUCUUCAUGGCUAUGUGACUAUUCGCAACACGUCUGAUCAGCUGAUUCCCUUUGAUAUGGUGUAUGUUGUUUUUGAAGGAACAUUUACUACUCUAGACACACUGUCUGGAACCAUAUCCAGUGAAGUUCCAGCGUUAAGAUUUAAGUUUUUGACUAUGUUAGAUCUUUUUGCCUCGUGGUCAUAUGCUAACAUCGAUCGACUUAUUACUGAUAACGGAGACCCCCAUGAUUGGUGUAAUGGAGAAACUGAUCCAUACGACAAUACCCUAUUGUCUAUUGAUGUGAAAAGAUUGUUUCAACCUAAUGUAACGUACAAACGAUUUUUCACAUUCAAAAUUCCAGAUAAGUUAUUGGAUAGCACCUGUGAUCAGUACAAUUUACCAACACAUACCGAAAUACCCCCAACACUAGGUAUUGAUCGAAACAGUUUUCCUCCAUCUUUUCUAUUGGCGAACCAGCAUUUAAUAGUUAAAGACUUGUCUUUUCUGGAUAGUUGCUUGGCUUAUCGUAUUGAUGCCAGAGUUAUCGGGAAGGCAUCGGAUUAUAAGUACAAAGUUGAUAAGGAUCAGUAUGUUGUGUCAAAAGAAGCAUCGUGUCCUAUAAGAGUUAUACCAACCCCUAACUUGGAAAUGGAAUACAAUUUCCAGCAACUCAAACAAGAAGCUGAACUUUAUUACCGAGCUUUUGUGGACUCUGUGAUGGUAAAGAUUGAUUACGGGAAUGAGUUGUUGAACAACAAGGCUGGGAAUACUAGUAGUUCGCGACCCAACUUGAGUCCUAUGAUGAGCAAUGAUAGUGUUAAAUUACGUCAAUUGUACGAUGUUGCCGAUGAUACUUUUAAAAGCAAUCUUAGAAGUGGGAAGAGUAUGCAUGAUGAUGAGGACUUUUAUCAAUGUCUUAUUCCAUUUAAGAAAAAAUCUAUAACAGGGUCAAGCAAAUAUCUUGGAAUCAUUUCCUUGUCGACAAUUAAGGAACAUUAUAAGAUACGGUAUACCCCGCCAACGAGAUUUGGUAAAGCGCCUCCUCCAAGUGAUACUGAACUUGUAAUACCGCUCGAAUUAAAUUAUUUUGCUGAAUCUUCCACUCUAUUGAAAAAUUUGCCAGAAAUUAAAGCUAUUGAUGUUGAACUAGUGGCAUUGUCAAUUAGAUCGAAGAAACACCCAAUUCCAAUAGAGUUUACCACUGAUAUGUUGUUUGCAGAGAAAGAGAUUGAUAUCAAAAAGUCUCAGCCUGCCAAUUUCAAUCUGCUUGUUAUUGCCCGGUUUUCAAAUUACUUGAAUGAAUUUCACAAGCUAAUAAAAGGAGUUGGUAAUGAGGCUUUGAGAUUAGAGACUCGAUUAUACCAAAACGUGAAAUGUUUAGCAUCGUUGAAAACAAAGUAUAUUAAUUUGCCAAUAUCAAAUUUGGUAUUUGAAACGACAUCACAAAAUGGAAUCGGAACCACAACAGAGGUGAAGAGUUUGCAAUGGCAAGAAGAACAGUCCGAGAAGGGGAAAUUGUUUAUCAAAAAAUUUUCAAUUAGAAUGAACUUAAAUAAUUGCAGCCUGAAAAGCAAUGAUCAUUCAAGUAAAGGGUUAGAUAGAAUUACUUUGGUGCCUAGUUUUCAAACAUGUUUUGCCAGUAGAUUAUACUAUAUCAAAAUCACGGUGAGAUUGCAUCAUGGAGAUAGUUUACUUGUUAAUGUUCCUUUGAAUAUUCAUAGAUAUUAG